GAGGGGGCGGGGCCGGCAUUUCGGUUGUCGGCGGCGGCGGCGCUUCCAACGGAGCCCAGCGCCCGCCGCUACCGCCCGGGGUCCCCCUGUCCCGUUCGGCGGCGGGCCGGGAGUGACGCCACGGCCCACGUGAGUGACGCCGUGGCCCUGCCCACCCCGGUCGAGAGUCGCUGGGCUUCACACCAGGAUGGUAUGUUAGUGAAGAAAACAACAUAUUUCUUAAUUUGUUUCUUGUGAAAGUCUUAAAUAUGGAGAACUUUAUCCUGUAUGAAGAGAUAGGAAGAGGAAACAAGACAGUUGUUUAUAAAGGAAGAAGAAAAGGCACCAUUAAUUUUGUUGCCAUUCUUUGCACUGAUAAAUGCAAGCGACCUGAAAUAACAAACUGGGUUCGUCUUACGCAUGAAAUAAGACAUAAGAACAUAGUAACAUUUUAUGAAUGGUAUGAAACAAGCAACCAUCUGUGGCUCGUAGUAGAAUUAUGCACAGGUGGUUCAUUAGAAGUGGUUAUUGCUCAAGAUGAACAUCUACCUGAAGAUGUAGUGAGAGACUUUGGUAUUGAUUUGGUUACUGGUUUACAUCAUAUUCAUGAGCUUGGAAUUAUAUUAUGUGACCUCACACCUGGAAAGAUACUGUUGGAAGGGCCUGGCACCCUGAAGUUCAAUAAUUUUUGCUUGGCUAAAGCAGAGGGUGAAAAUUUGGAAGAAUUUUUUGCUUUAAUUGGAUCAGAAGAGGGAGGAAUUGAUGGUAAUGAAAGUAUUCCACAAAGAAACCUGAAAAACAGACUCAAAGGAUCUCCAAUGUACACUGCUCCAGAAGUAAUAAAUGGAGAAGAUUUCUCCAAAGCCAGUGAUCUAUGGUCGUUGGGUUGUUUACUAUAUGAAAUGUUUUCAGGAAGACCUCCAUUCUUCUCGGAAAGCUUUUCUGAAUUAACUGAAAAGAUUUUGUUUGAAGAUCCUUUGCCGCCUAGACCAAAAGAUUCUUCUCUUCCCAAACCUUCCUCAGACUUUGUUAGUUUGCUUGAUGGUCUGCUUCAGAAGGAUCCUCUGACAAGAUUGAACUGGACAAACCUAUUAAAGCAUUCAUUCUGGAAAGAUGCUUUCAGCAGUUAUGGAGGUGAAUCUGCAAACAGUCAGGAUACAACCUCAAGCAGUGAGAACUCAGAGGCAUUUGUACCCAGAGAUACCAAGGAACCUUUAGAUACCAAUACAAAAUCAGAUAAUCUGUCAUCCUCAGGAGCAGAUAAUAAACACCCUAACAAAUCUUUCAAGCUAGAGAAUCCAGAUGAAUUGCGGCCUAAAAGUGCACUUGAUGGUGAAUCAAAUGAGUCCAUGUUUCUUCUCAGCUCCCGUCCUACCCCUAGAACUAGCAUUGCUGUAGAAACAAACAACGUUCUUCUUACUCCUACUAAGAAUUCCCCUCAGAGAGAUUUACAGGCCACAAAGGCUGAACAUAUGUGCUCAAGUCAGCAGGAUAUGGAGUUCAGGCUAAAAGAGCUCAUCUACACUGAGUUUGACCUUACUGUAACCCCCAUUCUUGACAAUCCAAAGAUAAUGAAACAAGCACCAGUUAGAUUUGAUCAGAAAACACUACAUAUACCAGCACAUUCAGCUGAGAAGCUAUUGUCUCUGAAAGAAACGGAUUGGAAUGACUUUUUGCAACAAAUUUGUUCAUUGAUCGACUGCACUGAAAAGAACACUGGGGCAGCACGAGCUAAACUGAAUUUGCUUUGCUACCUGUGCACUGUGGCUGGCCACAAAGAAGUGGCAACUAGACUAAUCUGCUCACAGCUGUUUCCAGUGUUAAUUCAGCAGAUGAGGGCAGCUGCCAAUUGGGAUAUACGUACUAAAGUAGCCAGAGUGAUUGGCUUACUGGCAUCGCAUACAACUGAACUAAAAGAAAAUGUACCUGUUUUGGAGGCUGUUACACUUUUAACCGAACUGAUCAGGGAAAACUUCAGGAAUAGUAAAUUGAAACAAUGCCUUUUACCCACCCUUGGAGAGCUCCUUUACCUUAUAGCCAGUCAGGAAGAAAAAAAAGAACACCCUGGAGAAUGCUGGGUUGUUCCCUUGGCUGCUUACACUGUGCUAAUGAGGUGCCUUCGGGAAGGGGAAGAACGCGUUGUCAAUCAUAUGGCGGCAAAGAUCAUUGAAAAUGUUUGUACCACUGUCUCCUAUCAUGCACAGGGAUUUAUUACAGCAGAAAUUGGACCAGUGUUAUGGUACCUUUUUACACAUUCUACUGUAGAUUCUCUGAAGAUAACUGCUAUUUCGGCUGCAUGUAGAAUUACUCGUCACUCACCCAGCGCUUUUCAGAGUGUCAUAGAAAAGGUGGGAUUAACAGCUGUACUAAACUCAUUGGCAACUGGAAUAUGCAAAGUUCAACAGUACGUUCUGACCAUGUUUGCUGCUAUGUUGUCAUGUGGAAUUCAUCUGCAGAGACUGAUUCAAGAAAAGGACUUUGUUACUACAGUUAUUCGUUUAUUUGAAAGUCCUUCAACUUUCAUUCGAGCAAAAGCUUUUCUGGUCCUGUUGCAAGUUUUAAUGAACAAUAGAGAAAUGUUACUGCUCGGAUGCCAAGCAAGACUGGUGAUGUACAUUGAAAGAGACAGCAGAAAGGCCACACCAGGAAAAGAGCAGCAAAGCGGCAAUGAAUACCUGUCAAAAUGCCUGGAUCUUCUCAUCUAUCACAUUGUACAGGAGCUGCCAGGAAUUCUAGGAGACAUUGUCAGUGCCUUAGCUAAUGUAUCUGGACGUAAACAUCCAUCAACAAUUCAGGCCAAACAGCUCAAGGUGUGUCUUCCCAUGAUGCCUGUUGUCCUCCAUCUUGUAACAUCCCAGGUUUUCCGUCCCCAAGUUAUAACAGAAGAGUUUCUUUUCAACUAUGGGAGUUUGCUUAGUUUUAUUAAAUCAAUAGAUUCAGGAGAAACUAACUUAGAUGGAGCUAUAGGUCAAGUUGCAUCAGAAGAGCUGAUUAAGACCACUUUAUCCACAUUUGAAGCAGUAACUCAGCAUCCAGCCUUGUUAACACUCUACCACUCAACAGUUGAAGAAUAUAUCCUCCCAUCAUUAGUUUCUUUGGUCCACAGUCAGAAUGUGGAAUGGAGACUCUUCAGCUUGCGGUUGCUCUCAGAAACCACAUCACUGCUUGUUAGCCACGAGGUCAUGGCUGAGGAGAAAGAGGAGAGCUUUGACUCAAACAACAAGCUUCUGUCUCUCAUUAGAGAUUCAUUGCUGCCUCAUUAUGAACACAUUCUGAUGGCUCCUGACCCAGUCCCAGUGUAUGCUCUAAAACUCUUAGUGGCCCUGAGUGAACACAGCCCAGCUUUUACAAGCCUGGUUGAAGAGAGCAAUCUUGUUCCAGUUCUUUUCCAAGUCAUUCUGGAGCAUCAGGACAGUGUGCUGGGAAAUACUAUGCAGAGUAUAAUUGCCUUAUUGAAUAACCUGGUUGCCAAAAAAAAUACAAACCUGAUGUUACUUUAUGAACAAGGUCUGGUCACUCACAUCUGUAAUCUCCUAUUAGAAACUGCAGCUCUGUACUUGGAAGCAGAUGAUAAAAGCAACAUCAAGACAGCAAAUGUGCUCCUACUGUCCUUGCUUGACAUUUUGCACUACAUGCUGAUGUAUACAACAAAUAUUGUCCGCCUGACAUUACAGGCUCAGAAAUCUGGCACAGGAGGAGAUACUCAGGUUGCUGAAGACCUUCUGCUUAUCAAUAAACCCCUGACAGACCUAAUUAGCCUGCUUAUUCAACUGCUUCCAAGUGAAGACAGUGAAAUAUAUGAGAGUGCAUCACAAUGCUUGUCAUUGUUGGUUCAGCUAUAUGGCGGCGACAGUCCAGAAAGUAUGUCUCCAGAAAAUAUGGACAGCUUUGCCAAAAUACUGAAGUCCAAAAGAGAUCUGAGACAGCAGAAGCUUUUGUUAAGAAUCAUCAAAAGAUUGAUAACUUCAAACGAGAAGCACUGUGAGAGCUUGAAGAAUGAUGGAGAUAUUCUUAUCCACACUCUCGGGGGACUGGCCCAAACUGCCAGCUCCCAUGCCGAUAUUGCUGUUGCUUCCCUGGCUUUUGAAAUUCUCAGAACAGUUGGACACGAAAAGAUCAAGGCUACCAGAUCAAACAUCACUCCACAGACCUGACUGAAACCAAAAGACAUUUGUGCUGGUCCAUUCCUUGCACUUGAUUUAGGAUGGCUGCAGAUGAGUAGAGUAGUCCUAAUUCAAUCAGCAAAACUGUGUGGGCACAUGCAUACUUAUGUUUGCUUUCUUCUCUACUUAAAAAUACGGGAGAAGUGGAGAAAAAGCAAUAAUUUGUCUGUUGAACUUAAUUCAGUACCUUCUUAGUUUAACCAAAAGUGCUUGGCAGUUGUAUUUUGAAAAACACAAAUUAGAAAAAUGCAGAUACGUACAGUAGGGGAGAACUGUUCGUUCCAUCCAAACCGUGAUACAUUUUCAUACAAAAUGGUUGAUCAGAAAUGGAAUGUUUUCUCGUUGAGAGAAACUGGAGAAAUUACAUUUUUCUGAGUAGGACAGUGACUUUUGCACACGGAAUGAUUUCUGAAGCACUUUGCAAAUGUUAAUGACGCAGUCCUGGCCACGCUGCAGGGAGGUGGCAUCAUCCCCUUGCACAGAUGAGAAAACAAGCUCAGAGUGUGAGUGAUUUCCUAGCGUCUUACAGAAAGUCUGGGACACAGGCAGUAGAACUGAGAUCUUCUGUCAUGUAGUUAAAAGGCAAUUUGCAAAACCAGAGAAAGCGUUCUAGUUGAAGUACAAUAAAUGCCUUCAUUCACACUUCCCUGUUCCAGUGAGUUUUGGUUAACAAGUGCCAUAUGCACAAACCAACCUGUGGCAAUUCUUAGAACAAUUUUAACACACUUCAAAACUUGGCAGUUCUGUUACAAGAACAUUUCAUCCAUGGGGAAAAUAAAGCGACUUUGACAAGGAAGCUUUCAAACUGGGGCAGAGCAAACGGCCUGUUGUAGCUAUUGUUUGACCUUUCUCCCUCAACUAUGCUCCCCUACAUAAAUCUGCAGUCAUGUUCCACUUAGUCUGGCAGAAAGCAGGGCAGGGUGGCACCUUUUGUAGGCAACAACCUACUUUGUCAGAUGCUACUUUAUCAUAGCCUCUGACAAAGCAGGCUGUUGCCUAUACAAGCUUAUGCCUCUGAACCAGCUAGUCUCUAAGGGCACCGGGGUGCCGAGGCGGGUGUUUUAAUUAGAGCAGCUGUCGGGAGCCACUCUGAUUAAAACACCCACGGCGUCUCAUGUAUUCAGCGUCCUCACUCAACAAGCUUUAAAGCGCCCCCUGCCACCAUUUUGAAACACAGGACGCUGAAUACACAAGACGCUGCAGCACACUGGAUGGGAUGAAUCGAGUCUGCGCCAACGCCACCUAACCAGACUCUGUCAAAGUACUUUAAGGUGCCACCCUGCUCUGCCUUCAAACUAACUGCUUUUGAUACUGGCUAACUAGUUUGAUGCUCCUGCCACAGCAGCGGUUGUUCCAUUAUCUGGUUAGCACUGAUAUCACAAUAAGGUGAAAUGCCCAGUCAAACUGCGAAAUGAAAGUCUCAACUGCAGGACAGCUACAGAAUUUAGUUGAACCUUUUAAGCUUUCUAGUUACUGCCUACUAGCUCCCAUGAUAAUGGACUGAAUCUGCAAAGGAAGUUAGGUGCCUAGCUGUUACCUUAAGUCCCAAGAUAAACAUUUGGGUGUGAAGAUCACAGUAGCACCUCUCAGUGCUGUCUUGCCCUGUAGGCAUGGGAAAUCCCUAGGUGUGGAGUUUCUGCCAGUAGAUAAGCACAGCUUCUGCCACCGCAUCCUGGUGCCAUCAAGCUUUUGGAGCCCUAGCGCACACUUGAGCCUUAGUACCUGGGAACUUGGUGCCUAACUUGAGACUGAGAGUACCACUAGACAGCAGGCUGCUUAAGUCCCUCUGUGGACAUAGCUCAUCAAUCUUUGGGCUUUGAACAUCUAGUCACUGACAGAUGAGUGCUAGCAGAACAAGUAUUGCCCUCCCUAAAAUAACAUUUUUUAAACACAGACAAGCCUGGUUAAGAUGCAUGACAUGGAUUUAUUUGCUAGUUCAGUGACAGGCAGGCUCGCUCACUCUCUGUCUCUUCAUAGGGCCUUGUUAGCAGGCUGAAUGAAGCACUAGCCACAUUUCAGCACUAGUUUCCAGUAAAGGAAAUUUCCUGUAAGUGAACAAAUACUUCAUAAGUCCUUGUGCAGUAUUCACUUCACUUUGAGCUAUUAACACGCAGGAGUUCCUCUCCAUUCCAGGAUAGGGUAGUGAAAGCACUCUGUAACCUUGACCACUUGUUCUAAACAACAGGUAUCCCUUUGCUCAAAGAAUUUCAGGACUUGCUGGUUUCAUUAAAUGCACAGAGUUUGAAACCCUGGAGCUACUCAAUGAAAUGUUACAGGUAGGCACUUAAGCCAGUGUACAUUCCUUUGCCAGAUUCCCAUUUAUAUUCCAGUCUACUUGGUGUCUUGGGUAGAAGUCAUUUUUUUUACCGACUGAACAUAGUAACCUUGUGGUAAAGUAUUUGCAUGAGCUUGCAACCUUUUAGUAUUGCACAUUUUUUGUAAGGUCCUAGAUAAAGGGUUAGUUUCAAACCAUCUUGUGCUAUUUUACAGUAGCAGCAAAGGAGGAAAGGUGGUCUGGAGGAGGUAAGCUGUUAAGCCAUUGGAGUUCUUCCUACACUGUUCUGGCAUUAUCCUGAAAUGAUGCAGUACUUUAUACAGUCUGAUGCCCUGAGAAAGGAGGAGUCUCCAUUUUAUGUUAACUAGUUCUUUGUUUCUUAAGAUGGCAGCUGUACAUCCCAUUAAGUUGUUUGCAUUUCCAUAGUGUCUGUAAGUCUACUGAUAAAAUAAUCCAUCUUCAUUAAAUUUGAAAAGCAAUGGGUACCCAAGCUUCGUAACCCACAGUCUCCACAGCUCAAAGUAAUGGAAUCUGUGACUUGAGAUAUACCCAUCUUCUAUGUAUAUAUAAGGUCAUUGCUAGGUUGUGUGUUAAAAUGCAAGCUUGAGUGAAAUGCUGUGGUAUCUGCAUUAGAUAGGUGAGCCCUAGGGAGUGCUGGAGGUAAGUGUCUUAACUGAUAAGAAUGUAAAUGUCUGAUACCUUAAUUCAUUUCCAUACUUUUAAGUUUUGGAUGAAGAGGGCAUGUCCUAAUCCAGCAUUAACAAUCAGUGUAUGUUUCUUUCUUUAGUUGCCUAGCCUAGAGGCAUAUUGUUUUAGCAUAGUUCAGUAGUUAACACCCCAAAAUAAUAUGGAAUAUCAUGUUUCUGGGAAACAAAUGAAAUUAUGCUCUUAGUUUUUGAAAGGCUGCACUAUGCCUUAAUAAAAUCCUUUAAAAACUUUUCUUCCUACUUAAAACUUGGAAGUUAAGUUGAUCAAGACUUCAUAUUUACUAGUCAUGCCUGUUAGAAGAAAACUGAGUAAGUCAUGUCAGUCACUUCCCAACUUGUCACAGAGAUGAAAAGCUAUAGGAACCAGGUGUAUAGCUACAUUUAAGCAGGUUUGUCUGUGUCCCUUCCUUUCUAGCACAUGGGGCAUGUUGAAGUGACAGCAAACAUUUCUGGAUACUUCACAUUCAAUCCCAAGUGUCAGCAGAAGUUACAGGCCCAAACCCUUACAGACUGUCAAAUAUCUGCCAGAAUUGCAUCUGCUAUAGCCAGGAUGCUCCUUCAUUGGUCAGGUCAUAUUUUUGCUUGUCAAGAGUGCAAAACAUACUGUGGUCCAAAUCAAAUCUGUGAAGUGGCUAAUUCUAGCUGCUUUGCUGUUAAGCCAACUCAAGCUAGAGGUGUCAUUGCUAGUCAGUUUGCAUUUCAGGUACCAACACCCUCUUUGCCUACUUAAGUAUGCUAUUUACAAUCAGGAAUCCAGUAUUUGAUCCCUGGUUCUGGAUGACAAUUAUGGUUACUCUCUUUAUAAACAAGGCAGUAGGGUAAACAUAGGCUAUGUUUGGGAUUGGAUAUUGCACAAAUACAUUUAACUUUGAUUUCAGCCAUGUUAUGGAAAAAUGCAAGAGGUAGGAAGAAACAUGAAAGGUCAGUUGUAAGAUAGUGACUGCUUCAUCACAAAGCUGUAAUGAAUUAGAUAGGCAAGUAGAUGCAGAUCACAAGAAGUGCAAUUCUCAGAUGUGCUUCCCCCCACCCUUACAGCUCAGGGAGUUUUGUUUAGUAUGAAACUAAUUUCAGUGGGGAAACUUGUUGUAGGUGUUCUGUCUUUCACCCAAAGUACACUCCCAUCCCCAUGAGGGCUCUAGUAUCUGCUUCAAAGCAGUAGAUGGCCUUACAGAGGAGUGAUCUCAUGUAGAAAGGUGAUCUACAUAUGCCAUUUACAGAAUCAGCUCAUGCUGAUUCUGUAAAUGGGGCACAAGACUUGUUUUAGAGUUCUGUACACCCAUAGGACAAGGCAAAUGGAAAAACUCUUCAGUAAGAUGCUCUGAAAUUCCUUUCAACUGUACUUGUAAAUUCUUCAGUGCAUUUGAAUUAGAGCCUAAAACCACUCUUGUAAAAUCAGAUCACCAACAUGGACUGCAAGAGAGUGCUGCAGAACAAGAUAGUGCCAAGCCAGUCUUUGUGACUGGGUGCUUGCACCUGUUAAAACAAAUGCUUUAUACUGUAGACAAAGCAGGAGUGAGACAUGCUGCCUGAAGUAAGGUGUAUAGUUGAUUGCUAUGCUCAGAACAUAGAACUAGUUUAGGGAUUUGGCCAACAAGGUAUGAACAAAUUUCAAACUUUUUAUACUUUGCUCCAGUACCCAACAGCAGAAGAACUCAGUACUAAAAUACUGCCAGCAUCUGCAACAGGGAAGACCGACUCAUGUUCAGAACUGCAGCAUGCAGGUACUGGAUAGAUUGCUUUUUUGCAGAAGUGAAGAUGAGACUACCAUUAGGAGGGGUUUUAUCUUUGCCAUUUCAGCUGUUUUGGGAACAUCCAUACUUCUGACCAACCACUUCUUUAAUUGUCAGACUAGAAGGGACUUUUCUCUGCAACUAUGCUUUGUGUACAUGUAGCUACAUGAAGCUGGGUUUGCAAAAAAAUCAGACCACGACUGCAGCAGUGAAUUAAAAGUUAACUUUAAUUCUGAACCAUUUUUAUAACUGCAUUUUUCAUGAAGCAUCUGUAUCACAGCAGGCUACAAUAACUUUGGGAUAAAAGGCAACUGGUAAACUGUCCAAUACAAGGUUCCAAAUAAACAGUUCUUACUGGCCCCUACCCAGACAUAUCCCAGUAAAGUUUUUGAUCAAAAACAUGAAAUAGAUCCACCUGCUUAUUUUAAGCAUAUUAAAAAGGAAACUAAUUGGACCAUUUCUAUGUGUCUAAUUUUUUUUUUUUUUUUAUACAAAAAGGCUACACAAUGUUACACUUUUAUUCAGAAUACAAUUAGAGCGAUUAUGAAUUAGUGUUCUACACCAUUACUUGAUCCUUAAAAAUUAGAAACUGCUGUAGCAUAUUCACUAUAACUUAACACUACGAGAGACUUAAAAAAAAAAAAAAAAAAGAAAAGAAACAAAAA